GGAUUUCCGGCGGCCGCCGCGGGAGCCCCUUGGCUCCUCUACGCCCUGUGCCGUGCAGCCUGAGGCUUGCACGCGGGUCGCCCGAGUUAGCGAGCCCCGGCGAUUGGCGCCCGGCCGCGCUCCUGGUACACGCGGGCUUCUCGCCGCCGCCGGUGUUCUGGUGCCGCGUGGGCUCGGUGGCUUUCCGGGAUGCAGGUUGUGGGGCGUGUGUGCUAAGAGCUGCAGUCCAGAGGAAGCCGUGACCUAUCCGUCAAAUGAAUUGCCUUCUGCAGCCAAUUAAGCCGACCAGGUUCCUUUCCUCAUGGGAGUCUGGUGUGCAGUGGUUGCAAAUAGCAUCCUCCUUGGUAGUGUAUGCAGCCUGUUGAAUGUGCAGGUUGCCCAAAGGGACCUUGGAGACAGUUUUCAGGGGUUCCUUACAUUUCUUCAAAAUGAAUGUUACUGUCCGAUUCUUGAGACCUUUUGCCAGGUUAAUGGUGCCAUUUACCUUUCAUAGGAAGAGAAGGAAUUUAUAUUCAACAAUUCUGCAGAGAUCGAUGUCCUCCAAAGUACCUUCUUUGUCCUGUCAUAGUAAGGACAGUACGUCCCCUCCUGAACAGCUAGAAUUGGAUGGGUGGAAAACCACAAUGAAAUCUAGCAUUCAAGAAGAUAGUGUUUCAGUGGUCUCAGACAAAGAUCAAGAUUCUCUAGCUGCCACCAGAGAAUUAAUUGAGAUGUGGAGAUUACUUGGCAAAGAAGUACCAGAACAUAUCACUGAAGAAGAACUCAAAACCCUUGUGGAAUGUGCUUCUAAAUCAGCCAAAAAAAAAUACUUAAGGUUUUUGUAUGGUAAGGAAAAAAUGAAAAAAGCUCAGCAGAUAAAGAAGGAAAGGAAGGCAGAGGCCAGGGAAGAAGCAAAGAAGGCCAGGUUGCUGGAAGCCGGCAAGAGUAAGGAGCAGCAGGACUUCAUGUUUCUUCGACUCUGGGACCGCUGGAUCAACAUCGCACUGGGUUGGAAGGGUGUCCAGGCUAUGAAGUUUGGACAGCCUUUGGUUUUUGAUAUGGGUUAUGAAAAUUACAUGAAAUCAAGUGAACUGCAGAAUACUGUUUCUCAGCUUUUAGAAAGUGAAGGAUGGAACAGAAAAAAUGUUGAUCCUUUCCACCUUUAUUUCUGCAAUCUUAAACUAGAUGGUGCUUAUCAUCGAGAGUUAGUUAGACGUUACGGUGAAAAAUGGGACAAACUGCUCUUAACAGCAACAGAAAAGUCUGCUGUUGAUUUGUUUCCAAAGGACAGUAUUAUAUAUUUAACUGCAGAUUCUCCCAAUAUUAUGACUACCUUCAAGCACGAUAAAAUUUAUAUAAUUGGAUCAUUUGUUGAUAAAAAUACACAGACAGGCACAUCCCUUGCCAAGGCAAAACGGCUAAAUCUAGCAACAGAGCGUCUUCCACUAGAUAAAUAUUUACAAUGGGAAAUUGGUAACAAAAAUCUCACCUUAGAUCAAAUGAUCCGUAUUUUGCUCUGCAUGAAAAACACUGGUAGCUGGGAAGAGGCUUUGAAGUUUGUUCCCAGGAGAAAGCAUAUGGGCUAUUUAGAGAUCCCUCAGCAUUCUCAGGAGGCUUUUAACAAACAGAAGAAGACAAAGACAAGUUUAUUUCUAGAAGGUUCCUUAAAUGUACGCAGACAGAAAAGGUGACCUAAAUGAGAAAAUGUAAUAGUGUAACAAGCAAAUAGGAUGGAAAUACAUAUUAAAAUAAAUAAUGUUUUUCUUCCUAAAUGGAAUUGUAUCUUAAAAGGAAUCUUUCCAGACAAACUAGAGUUUUGUCUUUUUCUGAUUAUUUAAGUAUCUGGAAAACUUUGAAAGUAUGUUUUAUUUGUAGAAACAAAUGAUAGAUUAAUUUAGAAUGGAACAUAAAGUUAUAUCGUUGUUACA